UUAAACCGGUAAAGCACGUCAGACUUCAAACCAAAUGCUUAUCUGGCUUGCAGCAGGAAGCUGAAACCUAAAAUAGGUUUACAGAAAGAGAAAAACAACUGUAUUAUGAAGUCUCUGAUUUAUUUUGUAGAGAGAAUGAUCUUUUUUGUGUGCCUAUGGUCAUGCAUGACAGUUGCCAAAGCAGGUUCUCACUCACUGAUGGUUUUUGCAACAUAUAUAGUUGGACAAGCACCAUUUCCUGAGUUCAGUAUUGUGCUGAUGUUGGAUGAUGUGCAAAUAGGUUAUUAUGAGUCAACCACAUGGAGUGUUUUCAAUCGCAGUCUGAGUGACUCAAAGUACCAUGAUGAAGAAAAAAGUGAUGCUGCUCUUAUAUUUCGUGCCAUGUAUAGAAGCAUGAAAAGUCGAGCACUGCAUCUUAGAGAGCACUUCAAUCUCACGGAUGGUGUACAUGUUCAUCAGAGACUUGCUGGAUGUGCAUUGUUGAAUGAUGAUAAACCAGGUGUGGUCCAGACAAUGGAUGGUUUUGAUGGACAAAAUAUGGAGGAGUUCACAUUUGACAUGGAAAAAAACGAUAUCCAGAUGAAAAUGCCAUGGAUGAUAACAUGGAACGAAAUGCAGUGGCUUAGUGUGAAACUUCUGUAUGGAAAGAUAUGUCACCCUAUUUGCAUUAAAACUUUGCAGAGGUACCUGAGCAUGAAAAAGAACAAUGUCAUGAGAAAAGUGAAACCCAGAGUCAGACUCAUGAGGAAGACGCUUCCAGACACUCAAGGGCUUCAGAUCAGCUGUCUGGCCACUGGUUUUUACCCUCGUCACAUUAACCUGACCCUGUUCAGAGAUGGUCAGGCUGUAGGUGAUGAUCAGAUCACAGGAGGAGAGAUUCUGCCCAACGGAGAUGGAACUUACCAGAUGAGGAGGAGUUUGGUGAUCAGUGAAGAAGAGCUACGUGAGGAACAUAAAUACAACUGCACAAUGAAACACCUCAAUCUGGACAACAAACUGGACAUUACAUUUGAUGCAGAUAAAUAUGAUCCAGGAUUAUCCAGUCUGUCUGUAGUUUUCAGUGUGCUGGUGUUCAUGUGUCUGGCUGUUUCCCUCAUAACUGCACUCAUAUGGAGGAAGAGAUGUGCUGCUGGACGAGGAUCUGAGACAUCACAGAGUAAAUACUCCCCUACUCCAUCUUCCACGCACGAUGAAAAUUAGGUGUAUGUAAGGCAUCAAAUUAAAAAGUCAAGGAAAAUACAAACAAAACUUAAGAUUUGCAAAAGGAAUGUAACACAGGUAACAAAUGUACAACCUACAGUUUGCAAAAUAACAAUGAGCCUGUGUGUGACCUGAAAACAUUCUAUUGUCUAAGAACACUAUUAUUUUACUAAUGUCUUCUUUUUUGACAGUCAAAAGGAGAUUUGUGUUUUAUGAUUUUUCUAUUCCAACAUGUUCUCAAUCCCAAUGCAUUUGAUAUUUCCACUGUAAGACUUGAAGAACCUCAGACACUUUGAUCUCAUUAUUUGGACAAUGCAAACACAGUGUAUUAAAAUACAGGCAUCUGUUUCCACAUCUCACUGAGAGAGAAUACAGGAAAACCUCUUUCUUAUCUAUGCAUUUAUUCCUUUUCCCCCACUUCCUUCUCCUCACCCAUCCUUCCCUACUCAGCUCACUCAGAAUGGUCAAUAGUAAUAUAAUGUUCUACAUGAAUGCAUGUGAUAUUUACAGUCAUGUCUGUUAUCAUUUGAAAUGUCUCAGUGUGACUGGUACAAUGGUUUUAGUCUAACAAGGAGUAAACUAAAAGGUAAAAAGAUCCUAAGAGUUUAGAGAUAUUUUGCUCACUGUAGAGGGUGUGACCUUUUUCCAGUGUCUUUCAUGCAAAUUACCAUCUGUAAUUGUCCUAAACCAUUACAGUUUGGCUAAGGAUCUUUGCUCCCUGGUUGUGAAGUACUGCACUGUUGUAAACUACUACAGACUGUUAACUUUAUUAUUAGGGUUCCUCUUGUCAUAGCGUAAAAAAAAAAAAUUCAGAAAGGAGACACUUAUCAACACUCCGUUUUAUAAACCUGAGCAAUAGAUGUGAAAAAGCUAAUGUCUUUUUCCUACCUUUUUUCUGCUAUUUGUACAUUUUUACCUUUCCACAUUGUAUAACAUGCAGUUUUCAUAUGCAUAAAUUCUGUAGUCAUUUUCAGUCAUAUUGUAUUUCUUAUCAUGUAUUAUCAUGUAUCAUGUAUGUUUUAUUUAAUUCUAUUGCUGGAAGACAGCUGACAGAUCAGCUGUCUGGCCACUGUUUUUUACCCUCGUCAC